UUGACAGUUCUAAGUAAUCUCUGACAAGUAGUUUUUGUUUAAGAAGGGUUGAGGAGAAUUGGUAGGGGAAGAGGGAAGUGAGAGUGAGAAAAAAGGUACACAAAGGUGGACUUUAAUUUUUUUUGUUCCAUUUAAAACCCAUUAAAACAAUGUGUUGGAAUUUUAACAAGUGUGAGACGAACUGUAGAAACGUAACAUAUUGCUAAAAAUGGUAUGGAAUGGCAUUCUAGCUUUUGAAUUAUUCAAUUUCAAUCAAGGAUAAUAAAUGCCCUUAUGCCAUGGGAUUUUGCACAAGACGACACUUGUUUCUUACAUUUUGCUUAAUUCAGAUAAUUUGUGUUAUUGAAAGGCAGGUGUUCGAUUUUCUUGGAUUCCUAUGGAUACCAAUACUAGUUAACUUCUUUCAAAUAAUUUUUGUGAUUUUUGGAUUUUUUGGUGUGUACCAGUACAGACCAAAAUAUCUAAUCACUUAUCUCCUAUGGCAUUUGCUUUGGAUAGCAUGGAAUGUUUUUUUAAUUUGUUUGUAUUUAAAUGUAGCAGGACUUGAUCAUGGAAAAAAUAUUAUUCUUAAGUUAGACGAAAAAAGUGACAGCUGGUGGAAAAAACAGGCACCAGGAUGUAAAUUGGUGAAUGUUGACGACUCCAAGUACGAAGGAUGCUUAUUUGACUAUGUUUAUGUGGAAGUUUUUCAAUCAAGUUUACAAGUUUUUUUGGCUGUGUUUAAUUGUAUUGUUGGAACAUGUCUAAGUCGUAUUUUUUUGGAAGAAGAUGACACCUCGUCACAUAGGUCGACGAGAAAGAGCUCAAAGCAGCGCACGUCAUUGUACUCUAUAGAGUUUAGUUCUCAUUUGGACAAUCGACAUGGAGAGAGCGAUAACGAAUUUGACCAUGUACCGUCCUCACCCAAGCCAAUGACGCCUAGACGAGUGAAAAGACGCAGCGUCAUGCAAAGAGGGACUUCGGGUAGACACAGCACCAACAGCAGAAGACAGUCGCACAAUAGAUCGUCCGUAAGGAGCUCGCGAAGAAUGCAGAACCCUGUUACUAAGCUUUUGGAACAGCAGCAAAAAUGUCAGGCAUACGAGAGCAACACCAGCCAAUCUCCUAUAGAGUCGCCUACCGUUAAUUAUUACGCCAAUUAUAACAUGGGCAGUACAAGCCAGAACUGGGGGAACCCCAUGGGCCAUACUAAUCCCUCUUACCAGCAAUCAACGACAUCUCUCAACGAAGAGUUUGACGAUAUUUACAAUAACAGGCCUGCUUCUGUAAGAUCGAGUUAUUCGAAUUUUCACGGGGCCAGAGCUAAUUAUUCUCCUCCUAAGUCUUAUCACAGUCACGCGACUCCACAGGUUCCACAGAAACGAGGCAACCCAGCCAGGAAUAGUAUGAGAUCUAUGGCUUUCUUAAAUAAUGGACCUCCAGCUUAUACGGUACAGAACGGUAUGCCACUUGACACUGAAACACCUAUGUAAAAACUUAGUGCAAUAUUAAUUAAUUUAAUAGAGGUCUUUUACACCAAACAAUUUAUUUGAUAGAAAUAGUUUUAUACAUCUCUAUAUCAUUUAUUUUUAUCAAUAGGGUUGUUAGAUGACUGUAAUGACAGCACAGAACACUGCUUAUACAUACAUUAUCAUUAUUAAGUAACUCUGAGUUGGUUUUCUACUGUUCUUGUCAAAUAUAUUCAACAAAGAUGUUUAAACUAAAUUGUCAAAUAAGCUGUUUAGUGUUAUACCACUAUAAUACAUAUUACAUCGAAUUUUUGUUCCUCAUCAUCCUGGAUUCAGUUUUAAAUAACAAUAUAGAAUAGAUAUUUUUUAAUUUACAAAAUUAAGAAACAAAAAAAGCUAUAAGAUUUAUGACCGUCUAAGUGUUCAUAAUCAUUUAAUUUUUUAUCGCUGUUAAUACAAUCUGAUAAAAUCAUACCAACUUCCCCUAUUGAUUUCCUCAACUGCUCAAGUUAAAAAAUAGAAAUACUGUUAUUGAAGUUUGAUUUUUUUUAACUUUUCUGAUAUUAGGAACGACAUUAUAUGUUUGUAAUGGAUGUUGAAGUCUAGUACAUGUUUUGUUCUCUAACCUGGGUAUUUUGCUGACAUUACAAAUAUACCGUAUGAUCGAAAAAAAAACGGCGUCCAGUUGGCAUAAAUUUUACAUAUAAAAUGACAGCGAUCUGGAUUUCAUAGCCUUCGCUGACGCCGUUUUUUUUAUCAUAGUAUAUUUCCUAUACUUGACAUACAAAUUAAAAAAUUGAUGUAGUGGUAUCAAAAUAUACAUUUUUGAGUUUGGAUUUAUUUUGAAGAAAAUCUAUAUGUAUGAGUAGUACAUAAUUAAUAUUAUGGGGAUUUAAAAGAGAGACCAAAUAACUAAAAUUUAUUUACUGGUAAUAUCUCUUUUUGUUUGGAUACUUUUGAUAUAUAUUGGAGGUCCCAAACUCUAAAAACAAUUUAAAAUUUAAUUGGUAAUAAUAUCAGCAGACAGUUUUAAGUAUCCUUGGUAUACUCUGUUAGCUGAUUUAAUACCAUGAGAUUUUAAAUUAACUUAUAUUUUGGUAAUGGGUGUCAGUAAAAGUAAUGUAGGGGUAACAAUUCUGUACAAAUAUGUUUUGUAUAUUGUUUGAUGGAACCUGUAAUUAUUAGCUUUAUUAAUUAUAAUUUUUUAUAUUUCGAGGCGCUUUUUGUAUGUUAUUUAUUGUUAACUAAUGGAAAUAAAAUGUUAGUUUAUAAUAGCAAAUAGAAAAAUGUCAUUGUGAUAUAUAGAUAGGUAUAAUAUACUUUUUUGCCAAUAUUUACACGAACUAAAUGUAUUUUAAGAUGUCAAGACUGGUAUGUAAGCUCAAAAAAUAUUUUUAGAACCUUUAUAAUAAUGUAUAUCAUGUAACACUUGCAUAUCAAAAUUCUAAUGUUUAUGCUGAGAGACAAUAAAUUAUACAUAUUUAUAAUAGCUUCACCACGAGUAAUGCUAAUAUUCAUUCAUCUUUUCUUUCAUUUUGUAUGUCUGCUAGUAAGUACAAACUUAUUUUUUGUGUUCACAACUUUCUCACUUUGUGUAAAUAUAGCUUAUAGAACUAAGAAUAUCUUUACCAAAGUAUUACCUAAAAUCUAUUUUACUACUUACUAUAUGUAAUUAGAAUAUUAAGUCAAUAUACAUAUAUUACUCAC